CUUACAGCAUGCCACGCCGCCAAAGUCUCAAACGCCAACAGUGUCGCCGAUCGCCAGCUGAUGUGUUAUGUUUGUGAAGAUUGUGCCAAGGUCACAAAAGAAACACCACUAGAGGCAUGCGACGCUGCAUAUUUCGAGAAAGUCAGUACAACAGAGGAGCCCACCGCUGAUCCAACCACAACGACGACGACGACGACCUCAACUGAGACAUCAACGGAGAGUAGCACAACAACAGAGCUGAGUACCACCACCAGCGUUGAGACAACCACAGCGGGCUCCACUACCGAGGCCAUACCGGCACCAUCCACAGUCGGCCCAGCGCCAACCACCACCACAGUACCCACACCACCAACAGUAGGCUCAGCCGUUGCGGAUGCAGAGGAAGUGGAUGCCGAUAAUGCCACCACCACCACCGAGAAUGCAUUGAAUGCAACCACCACCACUGAGAAUGCAAUGAAUGCAACCACCACCACUGGUGCGCCACAAGCGUUGCCAUAUGUUGCCGAUGACUACUCCUAUCACUGCUUCAGCGUACAAAAGAUUG